AUGCCGGAUGUUCGGCAGGCGUACAUUCGUCCUCCUCCAGAGCCAAAGAUUCCUGGACUUACUAACCCUUGCAGCGAGGAACAUUUGUUGUCCUUGCGUUGUGUAGAAGAAAAUUAUCUUAACCAAAGGGAGUGCGACCUUUAUUUUCAAAAUUAUCGGAACUGCAAAAAGUUUUGGAAUGCCGUUAUGCUUCAACGAAGAGCAGAAGGAAUUGCGCCCAUCGUUCCACCUCCAAACGAACGGGAUAAGAUCAUAGCCGAAUACAGGGCGAAGCAGUUAACGACCAGUACAGCGUAA